UAGCGUGUCCUCUGCAACGGCAGUGUAAACACGGUGAAGAUGGAGUCUGUGAUGAUGCCUCUCCUGGUAGGUUUGGUGAUGGGUGGCGGUGUGGGUGCCGUCACAAAAUCCUCCUGCCCACUACCUGCUGAGAUUCACCCCUGCCUGUGCUUCGAUGAUGAUCCCCUUGGACUUGUGAUGGAUUGCUCAGGCGUGCAGGACGAGAUAGAGUUAGCCAGAAGCUUCACCGCUAAUUUCCCGACGCCUGACUUUUACGAGCUAAAGAUUAUCCAUGACCCAAUGAAUCAGCGUCUCCAUUCCCUCGAGAAGUCCACUUUUGGAGAGGCAACCUUCCAGCGAGUUAAUAUCACUGGCACACAGAUCAUCGCUAUUGACGGGUACGCCUUUGAUAAGUCCAAAUCGACGCUGACAAUGCUCGCUCUGGACGGGAACAGAAUCGCUCAAUUUCCUUUCGGAUCCUUGCAAAGGUAUACGCGUCUCAUGGCUCUGCACCUCGCCCACAACAACCUCAGCCUUAUCCCACAGCUUGCGUCACCAGUCUUGAAAUUACUAGAUGUGACUGGAAACAGGCCGCUGGUGGUUGAAGGAGAGGCAUUUGUUAAGACUCCCUCACUCGAGCAGAUCAUCUUAUCACACACCAGCCAGGAGAAGCUGGAGCGAGGUCUUUUCACUACGUCGACCAAACUGAGCGUGCUGGACUUCUCAGAUAACAACCUGAAGGAGGUGGAGGACGGGGUCAUUGUCACACCCAAUGCUUCCAUGACCCUCCUUGACUUUUCCAACAAUAAGAUUACUAUGGUCCGCCAUGACGCUAUAAUAGGUCUGGCUAGCAACGCGCAUCUGUCAUUGGCGAAGAACGAGAUUAUGAAACUGCAACAGCUUCACUGGCAGCACAUCUUUGAUCAGCUAAGGCUUCCCUAUGGUCGCAUCGACUUGUCUGAGAACCCAUUGCUGUGUGGGUGCGAUAUAGCGUGGAUAGUUCUGAAUGAAGAAUAUCGGAAACUCUUCACCGAUACUACUAAAUGCAUUAACGGCGAGAUGGUAAUAUACCUCGACCCUCUCCUAUACAUCACCAUGUGUCGCCCCUUUGUAUGAGGUUACGAAGAACAUAAAUACACCACUGUAUCUACAAUGAAGUGCUUUAGAGGACAUUUGUAUCUCAUCAUCAAAACCGUACUAAGUUUUCAGAAUGUUACAUAAAAACUUGUACUUA